AUGUUUAUUAAUCCAAUGAAAUAUUUAGUGCUACUCACCCUUUCCGUCAUUGGACCGAUUAAUGCCUUUUGGUGGCGUUCCAGCCCCACUGAACCCACCUCUACACCACCGCCAGUAAUGAAACAAAUACCUUUGACAUAUUUUCGAACCUAUACCUAUCAGCCAAUGGCUGGUAAUCCUUUACCCUUCCCCAUGAUGAGUUCAACGGAUUAUGUGACCAACUAUGCCGCAUUGGCUAAUAAUCCCUAUUUUAAUCCAAUGUUAUCUCUGCUGCCGCAGGCAAUGGGUGCUGGGGCAGGUGGUGUGGCUGUGCCAGCAACGGCGGACGUAGCAGAAAAUGAAAUAAAUAAAAGUGAACUAAAGCAAGGGAAAAAAUAUGCAAAUGUGGUGAGGUCGUGGAGUGGUGCAAAUCAAAUAACAGCUGGUGGGACAAAGGGUACAACCACCCCUACGACUACUUCGUCGACAACUACUACCUCAACGACCACGACGACGACGACAACAACACCGAAACCAACAACCAGUAGUACAACUACGACUACAACAACAACAACUCCUACACCCACCACAACAACUGCCUCCACAACUACAACAGCUGCCACAACAGAGUCCGAGGGCAAAAAUGAUGGAACUGCUGCCUUCAUUAAAACCGAUGCUGUUGUUAACAUUGAAGCUGCCUAUCCCGCCUUUAAUCGCAAGGUGUACACCAAUCAUUUUAACAUCAACUAUAAUCGUCCUGUAUAUCCCUACCCUGAAUAUUCCAUCUACAAACCACCAAGUAAUAUAAAUGAGGAUAAUAAGUCAGGAGCAUCACCCAGUCCCACCGUUCCUGCAGCUGCCAAUGUGGAAUUUGUACCUUGUAUGUGUCCCGUCAAUAUACAAAAUGGUUUUCCAAUGGCUGGCAUGCCCAUAGCCGGAAAUCCAUCAAAUUCAAUUUUCUUAGCUCAGGGUAGAACAAACCCUGAGGUGGAAGCUUCAAUGGAACUGCCAUCAUCGGAGGUGCCGGAAUCUAGUGGUAGUGGCGAUGUUGCGACAGAAGCUGAAUUGCCGCUGACAAAUUUCGUCGAAGAUUUACAAAUGGUCAAUAUGGAUGAUGGCGAAGAUGCAGAAGAAGUGACACAAAGUAUAGCGGCUUCGUGA